AACAGGCACAGGGUUCGCCAUCGUCACAGCACAGGGACAAGGCUCCAAAUCCUCAAAUCCCCGAGUCCUAGCAUAGCAGCGCACAAAUACGCAGGUCGGAGGAGGUGCAACCGGAAGAAAAAGAAAUAAAAACGCUGGAGAAGGUUAGUGGCAAUCAGCAUCAUCCAGCAGAAGCAGAGCCGAGGGGAAUUGCGUGUUUGGAUCGUAGCAGCCCAAGAAUCAAGGUGGUCCGUACAUUAUGAACAUAUGAAAAAGGUGAAGGUGCCAGUUUUUCUUCAUCGCCUCGUUCAACCUUUUAGCGCUUGCUCGGCUAGUAGGGCGCUACCACCGCCACCGCCAGCGGCAGCAGCAGCAAAGAGAGACAUGGCGGCGUCGAGUCAAUUGCCAGCGUCGACCGGCUUCGACAGGCCCGAGAUGUACAAGUCCCCGCUGGCGGGGAGCGUGUCUUUCUACCAGAGGCACUUGUUCGUGUGCUACAAGGAUGCUCUCAGCUGGCCGUCGCAGGUGGAGAGUGCGGAAUUGGGUGGCCUUCCGCACGCUCUCUUCGCUGCGUUCAAGGCUCGCAAGAACGAUAUGCCCAACAAGAUCCGGUUGACUGUUUGUGAAGCAUCUGAUUCAACGGAGGGAGACAUUCUUGUCUUUCCAGAUCUCGUGCGCUACAGAGGUUUGAGAGCCUCUGACGCGGAAUCAUUUGUGGAGGAAGUGGUGGUCAAUGAGCAGAUAUGGAGCCAUGGUGUCGAGGAGCCUCUCAGUGGCAGCCAUGUCUUCAUCUGCGCUCACGGAGCUCGCGACGCACGCUGCGGAAGCUGCGGCCCGGUUCUGGUCGACAAAUUCCGGGACGAGAUUGAAGCCAGGGGCUUGACUGGUCGUGUCACAGUCAAGGCUUGCUCCCACAUUGGUGGUCACAAAUUCGCUGGCAAUGUCAUCGUCUACGCCGCUAGCGGAGGAGGCGGUCCAGUCUCGGGGCACUGGUAUGGAUAUGUCACUCCCAACGAUGUUUCGGUGCUCCUGGAGCAGCACAUAGAGAGAGGCCAGAUAGUUGACAAGCUGUGGAGGGGUCAAAUGGGCCUCACCGAGGAUCAACAGCGCCAGUCUCAAGUUUCGAGGCAAACCGCGGACGAGACAGUGUACGCCUGUCCCUGUGGCGUGAUAGGAGGCGUUUGCGGAGCCAAGCAACAGAAGCGUGCUGUCAACGCGAGAAGCGUCACUGUCGCGGCUAAAGCAAAAGGAGGAGGGGAUGCUCAAGACAAUGCGGAGGACGGACAAGCAACAAAGAUGGCUCCCACAGAGGACGAGCCGCUGCAAAAGAAGAAGACGACGACCAAGAACAAGGCUCGGGGAAACGACGGCGGAUGGAAGACGAAGAUCACGCAAGACAAGCUGGCGGCUGCCGUGCUCGUGCUGGUUGCUGCCAUCACCACUGGAAUGUGUUUCUACGCGGCCAUCCCAGCGUUUUAACGUAGCUCUUGAGUGUCUGUCACUCACGCUACUCUUUAACCAUUACUCUUCUCAAAAUUUCUUGGCAAAGAUUUUCCUUUUCUA